AUGUUACUCACCCUUGCAAUACCUAAAAAUGUUUACCGUAACCUAACCGUGUGUCAUAAAUUAUUCCCUGGUACUAUACAAUGUGCACAAAGAACACUAGCAACGUCAGACAAUGCAGAAGCUGUAGACUUGGCUUAUGCUUCUUACGAGAGUACAAGCAGUUUGAAAAGUGCAGGACGACCACCUCUAGUCAUAUUACAUGGGUUGUUAGGAUCCAAAAAUAACUGGAACAGCAUGAGCAAGGCUAUCCACAGGACGACAGGUAGGAAGGUCAUAAGUGUGGAUGCUAGAAACCAUGGAGACAGCAGACACGCUUCACAACAUACUUACAUACAUAUGGCCCACGACGUAAUGAAGCUGCUCAAGAAACUGGAGCUGUCCAAAGUAUCAAUUCUUGGCCACAGUAUGGGCGGACGCACAGCUAUGGUGCUGUCACUGCUCUGUUCUGAUAUGGUAUCAAGUCUUAUUGUGGUGGAUAUUUCGCCUGUUAAGACAAGCCCUCAGAUCUUCUCGAUGGCCAAUUUAUUUGACGCCAUGACAUCAGUAUCUAUACGGCCAGGAAUUGCAAUGUCUAAAGCCCGGAAGUUAGCUGAUGAGCAGUUAAAGAUAAUAACUCCUGAUGUGAACUUGAGAAACUUUUUGAUAACUAAUCUAGUACAAACAAAUACUGGGUCUUACACUUGGAGAGUAAAUAUUUCAGCUUUGAAAGAUAACUUCCAGUCACAUAUAUCCUGUUUCCCUUCCAAUUUGAGAGGUCUUCAAUAUUGUGGGCCUACAUUGUUUGUUGGAGGGUCCUUGUCCGACUACAUAGGGAAAAAUGAUCUGAAAGAAAUACAGGAAUACUUCCCUUUAGCAGAAUUGGUGUUCAUAGAUGGUGCUGGUCACUGGGUACAUAGUCAGAAACCAGAGAAGUUCUUAGAGACAGUUUGCACAUUUCUAACAGAAAAAUAG